AUGGCUCCUGUUGCGGCGCCUUCCACCAGCCAGCCCGCGGGCGGCAAGCCCAUGAACUGGGCCGACGAGUUCGAUGAGCCCGCUGACGGCGAUGCUCCCCGUAUCGAGGAGCGCGACGAGGGUAAUGGAAUCAAGGUCGUCAUCGAAUACCGCACCAACCCAGACGGCAAGAAGAUUAAGAUCACACGACGAGUAAAGAAGACGCUCGUCAAGACCAAGGUCAACCACGAAGUUGCGGAACGCAAGCAGUGGACCAAGUUCGGGCAGGAGAAGGGCAAGGCCGCGGGCCCUCACUCUGCUACCACCACCAUUGGUGAGAACGUUAUGCUCAAAAUGUCGGCCGGCAACAAGACUGCCGAGCCUGAAGUCGACGAGAUGGACACCAUGCGACAGCAGCUCGCCAACAAGCGCAUCGUCUGCCGACUCUGCAAGGGAGACCACUUCACCACAAAAUGUCCCUACAAGGACACGCUCGAGGCCAUUCCUGGUGCUGGCGCAGACACUCCCGAGGGUGGUGAGGGUUCCAUGACCCCGCUCGCCGCUAUGGACCCCACCAACCCUGCCGUCGCUGCCAGCGCAGGCGGCAAGUACGUGCCACCCAGCAUGCGUGGUGGUGCCAAGGGUGCCGGAGAGAAGAUGGGCGGCCUCGGUGGCAUGUCCAGAGACGAACUUCCCACGCUGCGUGUUACCAACCUCAGCGAAGAUGCCGACGACGACGAUCUCAGGGAGCUCUUCAUGCGAUUCGGUCGCGUGGUGCGUGUCUACGUCGGUCGCGACCGCGAGACUGGUAUCUGCAAGGGUUACGCCUUCGUCAGCUUCGAGAACAGGGAAGACGCCGACCGAGCAAGGCAAAAGGUCGACGGCAGGGGUUACGACAAUCUCAUUCUCAGCUGUCAAUGGUCCCUUCCCCGUGGCGAGCGCCCUUCUUAA